AUGGUUGAACAGCAAAAUGAGCUGUUUAGCAUUGGCGUCCUCAAACGAUCACAAUGCCGAUAUCAAGGAACGCACCUUUUGGGAUACCGAGACAGCGUCUUUACCAAGACGGCAGGCCUUGGACAAAGCAUAGCGACAUGCGCACUACCAAACCAAACUUUGUCAAAAUAUCAUCCGAAAUCCAAGCUCUAA